AAAACAACAUGGCUGAAGUUGCUACUGAUGCACAUUUACUUCUUGGCAAAGAAGUGGCGAGUGAGAUUCGUCAGAAGUUGAAAGAUGAUGUUGCAGCCAUCAAGGAAGAAAAUGUAGGGUUUAAGCCAGGCCUUGCCAUUGUUCAGAUUGGUGAUCGAAGUGACUCAACGGUUUAUAUCAAGUCUAAAGUCAAAGCUGCAGAAGAGAUUGGGAUGUUGGCAAGGCAUGUGAAGCUUCCAAGAACUUGUACUCAAGCAGAUGUUCUGAAAGCUGUAGAUGAGCUGAACAAGGAUUCAACAAUUCAUGGCAUCAUUGUUCAGCUUCCUCCUGAUUCUGAAAAUCCAGUUGAUCCUGCAAUUUGUACCAAUGCCGUAGCUCCAGAGAAGGAUGUAGAUGGGUUGCAUGAUGUGAAUGCAGGAAAGCUGUCUAGAGGAGAGUUAGAUGACUGUAUUGUGCCAUGUACUCCCAGAGGCUGCUUGGAGUUGAUAAAAAAAUCUGGUACAGAAAUUGUUGGAAAGGAAGCCAUUGUUCUCGGAAGAAGCAAAAUUGUGGGAUCUCCUAUGGCAGAUCUUCUCAAGUGGCAUAAUGCUACAGUGACUACAUGUCAUUCAAAAACUAAAGAUUUGCCAGAUGUGGUGAGGAGGGGAGACAUUGUUGUGGUGGGAAUUGGAAGAACAGAAUUUGUCAAGGGGGACUGGAUUAAAGAAGGAGCAGUUGUAGUUGACUGUGGAAUAAAUGUGAUUCCAGAUGAGACUAAAAAAAGUGGACGUCGCCUUCUUGGUGAUGUAGAUUUUCAAGGGGCAAAGAAAAGAGCAAGCUGGAUUACUCCAGUACCAGGAGGUGUAGGACCGAUGACUGUUGCCAUGUUGAUGAACAACACUGUUGACAGUGCUAAGAGGGCUCUACAAAAACAAAAGGGUGGGCCUUGGGACAUUCGUUAUCUACCACUGAAUCUUCAAAGACCUGUUCCAAGUGAUAUUGAUAUCUCAAAGCAUCAAGCGCCAAAGAAGAUUUUCGAACUGGCAAAGGAAGCUACAAUUCUUGAUCAUGAGAUAGAGCUCUAUGGAAACAAGAAGGCCAAAGUUUCCCUUGAUGUCUUGGAAAGACUCCAAGAUCAGUUAAAUGGAAAAUAUGUUGUUGUUGCUGGGAUGACCCCUACCCCAUUUGGAGAGGGGAAGAGUACAACUACAAUAGGCGUGGCACAGGCCAUGGGUGCACAUCUCAAGAAGAACUGUUUUGCCUGUAUUCGUCAGCCUUCCCAAGGCCCUACAUUUGGGAUCAAAGGCGGAGCAGCUGGAGGGGGCUAUUCACAGGUCAUUCCCAUGGAAGAGUUUAACCUUCACUUGACUGGUGACAUCCAUGCCAUUACAGCAGCAAACAACCUUUUGGCUUCUGCUAUUGAUACAAGGAUGUUUCAUGAAUCAUCCCAGACAGAUGAGGCCCUGUUUAAUAGGCUUGUACCUGAGAAACAUGGAAAAAGGGAAUUUUCAAACAUUAUGCUGGGAAGGCUGAAGAGGCUUGGUAUUGAUAAAACAGACCCUAAUGAGUUGACGCCAGAAGAGAUCUCAAAGUUUGCACGGUUAGACAUUGAUCCAGACACCAUAACUUUUCAGCGAGUGAUUGACACAAAUGACAGGUUUCUUAGGAAGAUUACUAUUGGUCAGUCAGCUACAGAGAAGAACUUCACACGUCAGACUCAGUUUGACAUUACUGUUGCAAGUGAGAUUAUGGCCAUCUUGGCGCUAACCACUGAUCUGAGGGAUAUGAGAAAAAGGCUUGGUAGCAUUGUUGUAGCCAGUAACAAGGUUGGGGAACCUGUGACAGCAGAUGAUCUGGGUGUUGGUGGAGCACUGACUGUUCUCAUGAAAGAUACGAUCAAACCAAACCUCAUGCAGACAUUGGAGGGCACUCCUGUCUUUGUGCAUGCUGGACCAUUUGCAAACAUUGCUCAUGGAAAUUCAUCCAUUCUUGCUGACAGAAUUGCUUUGAAGUUGGUUGGACCAAAUGGAUUUGUUUUCACAGAGAGUGGUUUUGGUGCAGACAUUGGCAUGGAGAAAUUCUUCAACAUCAAAUGCAGAUAUAGUGGUCUAACUCCCCAUUGUGCCAUCAUCGUUGGAACUGUCAGGGCUUUGAAGAUGCAUGGUGGAGGACCAAAGGUUGUAGCAGGGAAACCUCUCCCUUCUGAAUACACCACUGAGAACUUUGAUCUUGUCAAGAGUGGAAUGGUGAACCUUGCCAAACAAAUCAAGAAUGCACGAUUUUUCGGGGUCCAUGCAAUAGUUGCUGUGAACCGAUUUCCGAGUGACACUGAUGCAGAGAUUUCCUUGGUUAUACAGCUUGCUAAGGAGGCUGGAGCUUAUGAUGCCAUAGAUUGCACUCACUGGGCAGAUGGAGGCAAGGGUGCCAUGGGUUUGGCUGAAUCAGUUCUUAAAGCAGUGGAGGAACCUGUUGACUUCAAGUUCCUUUAUGACUUGCAGUUACCAAUUGAAGACAAAAUGAGAAUAAUUGCUCAGAAGAUUUAUGGUGCAGAUGACAUUGAGUUGUUGCCAGAAGCUCAGAAAAAGGUGGAACGCUAUAAAAAGCAGGGUUUCAAUGACUUGCCAAUAUGCAUGGCCAAGACUCAUUUGUCACUCUCUCAUGACCCUGAGUUGAAAGGAUGUCCCAAAG